AAAUGUGAAUGAUAAAAUUUGGUACGUAUAAAGAUAGGAGAGUAUAACACGGAAUGAAAUACAAGAUGCAACAUGCAUAUUUAUCGUUACGCAUAAAAUCAAAUAAAAUAAGAAUCCCCAUACAAAUGUGAUUGUGUUUGUGUGUGUGUAUAUAUAUACCAUGCAUGUAUAUAAAGGAGAAUAUUGUGGGAAGUGUGGGUAACUACCUGAGAUUGCACAACUGCAUUCGUUGAGAGGAAAAAAAAAUCUUUGAUCAAGUUUGAAGAGUUUUGAUGAAGUUAUUGAGCUGGAUGCAAAGCAAGUUGAGUGCAGGACAUGGCCAUCGAGAUGAAAAGAAUGAAGAAGCUCCUAAUUAUAGGCUACUAUCAAUGGACUACAAAGAUGAGAUGCACAAACACGUUGAAGGAAUUAGGUUGGAUAGUGAGAUUCCUGAAUGUAAUUUCUCAUCAGCUGAGGAAAACGAAUUGGGUCAAGACAUUGAUCGAACGAUUCGGAUUAUUCUAGGAAGAUGCAAACAUGGCUGUCAGAAUAAGACAGCAACGGGGAAGAAAUCUUUGUCUUUUCUUGUCAGAAAACUGUUUCUCCGCACAACUUCAACUCCUACUACUUUCAGAGAUGCAUUUCAAGAAUCCAGAAUGGAGAAGCUUAUGAGGGCGAUGCUAGCCAAGAAAAUCCACCCUCGGAAUUCAUCGGCAAAUCAAAAUGCAGAGCAUGGAUUUAAAUGGGAUAAAACCGAUUCUGAAUUUAUUGUGCUAGAGAUUUAGCCCAUCUCAAUUGGAGAUAAGCGAGGGAUUGAAGUCUCAUGAUUGUUUAGGUGAAGGAUGCAAUCAUGUCACAUGAUUAUAUUUAGACUAUUUUACAUAGUUUUUGUGCUGCUCACAACUCACAAUACCUAUUGUAUAUAAAUAUAUAAUACUACACCCUUUUAUUUAUAGUUUAUAUGUAGUUGAAUAGUGAAACAGUAAGUUGAGUAAUGUAAUUUUCUUUUUAAUUA